CAGCCAUAACCAUUUCACAUUAAAAAAGUAUACUAUUCAACAUGGCAUCCUCAACACCAGCACCUAGUAGCACCUUGACUCAUCUACUUCCUCCUAAUUGGAAGGUAAAGAUUACAGAAUGGUUGCAAGAGGACAUUCCUUCAUUCGAUUACGGCGGCUAUGUCGUGGGAGAAAAAGAAACCACAGCCAUCCUGUAUGGCAAGAGUGAGGGUAUUGUGGCAGGUGUGCCAUUUUUCACCGAAAUUUUCGAGCAGCUUGGCUGUCGUGUUGAAUGGCAUGUCUCUGAGGGUCAUGCUCUCAAACCUAUCGAGACUUGUGCACAUGUCUAUGGCCCUGUCCGUCAGAUCUUGAUUGGAGAGCGCACUGCACUCAAUAUUAUGGCACGAUGUAGUGGUAUUGCCUCCCAAGCAUACCGUCUCCGUGUCUUAAAGGAGAAGAAUGGGUUUAAGGGUGUCAUUGCUGGUACUCGGAAGACUACGCCAGGUUUUCGUCUGGUUGAAAAGUAUGGGAUGUUGGUUGGAGGCGCAGACACUCACCGUAUGGAUCUUUCGUCCAUGAUCAUGCUAAAGGAUAACCAUGUCUGGAGCACAGGAUCUAUUACGGCGGCCGUAGAGAAGGCAAAGGCCGUUGGCGGGUUUUCCUUGAAGAUUGAGGUCGAGUGUCGGUCAGAAGAAGAGGCGGACGAAGCUAUUGCAGCAGGAGCUGACGUUGUAAUGUUGGAUAAUUUCGAGGGUGACGCUCUCAAGGUCGCUGCUGGCAACAUCAAGCAGCGUUGGGCUGCCAAGGGACGUCAAGUCUUAGUUGAGUGCAGUGGAGGUGUCACUGAACAGACGAUCGAAAAUUACUUCUGUGACUCCAUCGACAUCAUUAGUUUGGGAUCCAUGACCCAGGGCGUUUCCUUCGUUGAUUUUUCAUUGAAGGUCCAGAAACACUCCUAGAAAAAUAAAACAAAAAGAUGCCUAUCUGAU